AUGGAUGACGGUUAUGGGUAUGUACCGCCGGGUUGGAGUAAGUUGGGUAACGUGAAACAUGAACAAGGUGGAUAUUCGAAUGGCGCACCAUCAGCACAAAUGUAUUACGGCUGUGGCGGAGCAAGAAAUCUACCCGCGGGUACAACAUCAUCCACACCAUCCAAAUAUGUACCAUUAAGUUCCCACUUUGCUUCAGAUGAAGCCUGCAACCUUCCCGCUUAUCCGUCACCAAUUACUGCUGCUGCGGCUCGAUAUUACGGUCAACAUUAUGCUGGUUAUACGCCACUUCCNCAAUUACUGCUGCUGCGGCUCGAUAUUACGUUAUCGCAAGGUGGUAGUUCUAACGUGAAAACAUUUCCUGUGAAAUUCAGAGGGAGUGGACGACGUGGUCAUGGUGGUGCAUCAUUCCGAGGUGGAGGGCAGUCCCAAAAGUUUUAUGGUUAUAGUGGCAACAUUGCGUUUGGUACGAUGAAUAACGGUUCCUCCCAAACUCGACCCAGAAAGGAUAAGCCAUAUCAAUCGUCUGGCAAAACAGCUGCAAUGAUUCUGAAUGAGCUGUAUCCUGAUUUUAAAGAUCACUGCUCAUGCGACACGCUAACGGAUAUGAAGGUGCCGCGAUUUGAAUUCAAAUUUUCAAUACAAGGCAGACAAUUUUCUGCUGAUGCAUCAAGCAAAAGAAUUGCAAAACAAGUCAGUGUUCACUUGGCUUGUGAGCGAGCGUUGAAAAUCUUAAGACCGGACAUCGUCCUGGAUGUACCGUCACAUACAGAAUCUGAAGCUCUCAAGAAAGAAUCUGUGAUGGAAACGAACUCUGUUAAAGGAAGCGAAACGUCGGAAAAGGAAGCAGAGACGAAAGUACGUUACAAUCCUGAGUUCUCGUUCUGUGAGCUUCCGGUUGCAAGUGGUGCGAAGCAACAUAUGAAACGUUUUCAGUGUACGCUGACGAUGCUCGAACAAGGAAAAGUGUAUACUCAUGAAGGUGUUGGAAAGGCGGCCGGAAAGAAUUCAGUCAUUCGUGAGGCACUACUCGACGUCUUCAAAAUCAGUCCUGAGGAAAUGCGAACAAUUGAACGGCGAGUGAUAACAUUAAGACCUGGACCUCCCGUCGCGGUGCUUCUGCAAGCGCUCAGCUUCUACGAUCGUCCGGUGCACAUUGAAGUGGACACUGCCGAUGGCAAACCGCUCGAAGCAAAUAGCCGUUUCAUCGCCAAAAUUACAAUCGACAAUGAAAGUAAGCAUGCGUUAGCGGCACGUGUCAACUUAAUGGCCAUUUCAGUUGGCCUAAUAAGCAGGAAGACAGAGAUUGUUUUUACAGCAACGAUCACAGGACCAGAAGAGGACAGUAAACAAAAAGCGAAAGAUGCAGCAUGUCUGAAGGUGCUAACCGAUAUUCUUGAGCUGUCGAUGCCCGAACCUGAAGAGUUCUCACUGAAACGUGCAUCGUCAAUAUUGUCACCGUGUGCUGCUGGUGUCAGCAGGAUGGUCGAAAAAUAUGUUGUGUUGGAUUUGCAGUGUGAAGAUGCGCUAGAGAGAGUACAAUCGAAACGUAUGAAAAGUGACGAAGCGUUGGAGUUUUGUUCGGAGAUAUCCGAAUUUGUUCGUGGCGAAUAUGAACGUAUUUGUAUUGCGCAGGGAUGUCCAUUAACGACUUACAUUGCAGCUUUUGUACUGAUUUCGCCAGACGGUGCUCGUAGAAUGGUUUCCUUGGGUACGGGUCGUAAUUGGGUUAUUGAUGGACAACUUCUCAGAAACAGUAAAGGAGCAGUUCUNNNNUUUUUUUCUCUCAGAUAUUAUGCAUCGGAAUCGCAUGGAAAAUUCCGUUUUCAAAAUCGAUCAAAAUAUAAUAACCGUUUCAGUUCAUUUGAAUUGAAUUUAAAAUCACGAAUAAUUGAUACUGCAGGUAUUGUAUUGGCUCGUCGCGCAUUUUUACUUUUCAUACACAAACAGUUGGAGAUGAUUAACGACCCGAAUUGUGUACUUGAACGAUCAGAGCAGUCAAGUAAAUAUCAUCUUAAGGCAGGUUACAAGGUGAUUCUCUAUUCUGCAUUCGCACCAAACGGUGGUCAUCGAACGUCGGGUGUAAAUAAAGCCAACUUGACAUGUCACAUGGGCAAUACGAGGGCGCAUGAUGUACCUGAAAAUGUGCAAACAAUGAACGAAAUAUACGAAACGGGAAAGGUGAACGUUAUGAGUGCUGCCGACAAAAUACUCAAAUGGAAUUACCUUGGUGUUCAAGGUGCAUUGCUGUCGUAUCUUGUUGAACCAAUUUACAUAACGCACUUGUUCAUUGGAACAUCCACAGCAGAUUCGAAUUUAAUGUACGACGUAUUACUGAGAUUUGGUGAUGCACGUAAGGAUGACCUGAUCGUUAAGUCAGCUGAAAAAGGAAUAAAACCUCAGGGUGAAAUGUAUCAUAAUUGGGUUGAUGGCAUUGGUACAAUUGAACGUCUUGAUCCAGCCACAGGACGUACAGUAACGGGAUCAUUAUCGAGAUUAUGUAAAUCAGAGUUGUUCGAGAGUUGGUCACGUUUGCUGAAUACACUAGAUGAGGAUAUAAAAACGUCGACGACGUGUGCUGAAGCAAAACGACAUGAAUAUGUUUACAUGAACGUGUUGAGCAAUUUCAUUGCACAGUUGAAGGCGUUGGGUUUGGGUGAAUGGCAACGUAAAGAUCAGUCGAUUGAUUCGUUCCAAUUGGUUUCUUUCGAUGAAUGA